CCACCCCAAUAUAUAGCAUGAUAGGGUUACACUUUGGUCUUUCUACCGGCAAAAGCAGAUUCAUUUGACGAGUCGAGAGCUGAAACGCGUCGUUGUAAUUUGCAACUGAGAGAGAAAUGAGGAAAUUCGAUCCAUGGCCCGUUUUCUUCAGGCGAGAGUGGAGCCGUAACUGGCCAUUCCUGGUCGGUUUCGCCGUCACCGGUGCUAUCGUCACCAAAAUGUCUCUUGGCCUCACUGAGGAGGAUGCGAAGAACUCUCCAUUUGUGCAGAGGCACAAGAAGUGAACUUUUAAAUUCCAAAGGCGCUCUGUUGGAUUGACACUUGAUUCGAUGGAAAGCACUGCUGAAUUAUUUUUCUUGUUUCUUCUUGCCUAGUUUUCCUUUUUCCCAAGUACUAAAAGGAGGAUAAUGUUUGAUAUCUGCUAUUCUGGAAUUUCGAUUCAGCUGCGACUGCUUUAAAUAAAAAUUUUGUUUAAAACACAA